AUGGUCGCGCAGCAGGGCAUGUGGAUGGAUGCCAGUGUGCUUGUGUUUGAUCCUCUCGGGUACUUCCAGAUGGGGCUGCUUGGCCAGCUGGCUGCCUACAUUCGGUACUCGUGUGGGCUGGACGUGGAUCUUAUGAAGAGCCUGGGCAUCUGGAGCAGCGCUGUGAAUAUGGGUGUUGAUGCCGUGGUUGCGUUGUACUAUGUGGUUGUUGCUGCACAGGCUGCUGCCAAUGAUCCAGAUGACGAUGGGUGUGCUGGCAGACUCACUGCUGGUGGCUGGGCCCAAGAUGCAGUCGCCGGAGAUUACCUGCCACCUGCUCUAUCUACUGCGCAUCCUCAGCCAGCUUUUGUGGCCAAGUAUUUCGAUAAGUUCCCGGAGGCCAUGCCGCCGGCUGUUGCGCGGUUUGGCGAGUUUUACACGCAGUUUGCGAUUGGUCGGUUUGCUGCUGACUGGUGGACGGGCGCCGAGAUGUUUGCCUUGGCUGGCAAUGAUAAGGGCGUCGACGGUUUUGGCGAUGUUGGGCUGGUUGUAAACUGCUCGGGGCCGCGCGGUACUGCCAUUGACUGCAGGUUUACGGAGGUGCUGAAGCCGAUGCCUGCUGUGGAUAUCUUGUUUUAUUAUCUCAGGAUCAAGUCAUCCUCUGCUGCUGAACACUAUUUGUAAUGUUGAAACGCUUGCCAAAGAUUGUGUAUAUUGAGAAUGAACAUGUGCAAAAUUUGAACCAAGCUUGUCCCACUAAUUUUUUGUUAAAAGCCCUUUGUAACUUUUUCCAAAGCAUUGUAAAGGAUGCAACUAAACUGGCAAAGGUACUUAAGAAUGCCAAACUCAAAAUGACAUUUGUCUUUUAAAAAUAG